AGAAGUUUAAACUGUUGAAUUCCCAUGUCCGGAGACUCAGGACUUCCAAAAAAAUCAGCCAUGCCAGACCACACUGGUUCUCGAUUGUGCCAGCCCAUUUUAACCCCGGCCCUGCAACCUCUUCUGCCUCCCCUGGUUAUCUACGUAGUCACUCAUGCUCAUACCUGCAUCUUAUCCAAGUGGACAUAGAAAUGCAUGCAAGGUGACGCAUGAUCACAAGUAUCAGAAUGUUAUUGGGACUUGUUUAACUCCAUUACCAAUUUAUAGGUCUUUUGCUCUCUUUCUUCCACGAAUUAAGCAUUACAGGAACACUGCCACCCGGAACUUGGAUGCUUGAGCAAACGAACUAAAGACAAUUUGAACUUGUAAAUAAGUAUAUAGAUAGAUGACCCUCCUAAGAAACAAAAUCCAUCCAAAGCCAACCAUGGAUUUACUGAGUUUCCUAGGUCUUCUUGUUGAGAUCUUGUUAGUCUUGGCUUACUUCUUGGUCAUCUUGUUUCUCACUCACAAAACUGGUUUCCUAGUGAACUGGCCCAUAGCUGGAACUCCACCUUCCCUUCUCCUCAACUUGAAUCGCUUACAUUUCUGGUUCACCCACAUCCUUAGGAACAAUGGUGGCACUUUGGUGAUCAAUGGACCAUGGUUUAUCACUAGGGACAUCCUCCUUACCUGCAACCCUGAUAACAUUCAACACAUAUUGAUUACCAACUUCACAAACUUCCCUAAAGGAUCUGAAUACUCUGAGAUGUUUGAUCUUCUUGGGGGUGGAAUCUUUAACGCAGACUUUGAGUCAUGGAGAUGGCAGAGGCAAUUGGCUCAUACCCAUUUGAACGCCCCAGUGUUUCGCCGGCAUCUGGUAAAGACUAGUGGUGAGAUGGUGGAGAAGAAGCUCAUGCCCAUCUUGGCUAGUAUAGCUCGGAAAGGUGAAGUUUUGGACUUGCAGGAUCUGUUGCUAAGGUUCACGUUUGAUAGUGCUUGUGCCCUGGUUUUUGGUGUUGAGUCUCAUUCACUGAGAUCUGAGGCUAGCCCAUUUGGGAGAGCAGUGGAUGAGGCGCAGGAAGUGAUUUUUAAUAGGUAUCUUGUGCCUUGGACGGUCUGGAAGUUGAUGAGAAGGUUGAAGAUGGGGAAGGAGAGGAAGCUAGCUGAGGCCAGGGUAACCAUAGACAACUUUAUAGCUCAUUGCAUUUCAAACAGAAGGGUGGAGCUGAGGAAAUGCAGUGAUAUUGAUGAAAAAGAGAGGGCCCCGAUAGGAAGUGAUUUAUUAACUUGUUACAUAGAGUCAGAGCUUGAAGAAAACAGGAAUGACAAGUUCCUGAGAGAUGCCACACUGAACUUAUUCAUUGCAGGAAGAGACACCAAUAGUGCAGCCCUCACAUGGUUCUUCUGGUUAGUGUCUAAAAACCCCAAAGUGGAGAUGAAGAUCCUGGAGGAGAUUAGAUCAAAGUUGCAGAAAGAUUACAACGAUAAAGUAAAGAUGGAGGCAUUUGAGAGUGAUUUUCUAAGUCGACUGGUUUAUUUACAUGCUUCCCUAUGUGACUCACUGAGGCUGUACCCACCACUUCCAUUAGAUCAAAAGGGUGUGGAGCAUGAAAUGGUCCUUCCAAGUGGUCAUGUUGUGAAGCCAGGGAUGAUGGUGGUGUACUCAAUAUAUGCCAUUGGAAGGAUGGAUUGGAUCUGGGGAGAAGAUGAGGAAUUCAAGCCAGAAAGAUGGAUUACAAGCAGAGGAGAGCUGAAAAUUGAACAUCCCUGCAAGUUCCUGGCCUUCAAUGCUGGACCUCGAACUUGUCUUGGCAAAGAAAUAGCUUUCGCUCAAAUGAAGGCCGUUGCAGCUUCUGUGCUUUGCAAUUUCCAUGUUGAGGUCUUAGAAGACCACCCUGUAUUGCCUAGGAAUUCAGUGAUGCUCUUCAUGAAGCAUGGGUUAAUGGUCAGACUCAGAGAGAGAGAGGGGAAUGUAACUAUGACCAAUAAGUCCAUGACUCCAUGAACUAAAUCAAUUUUAGUGAGAAAAAGGGCUUGACUUAUCUCUCUCAAAUACCAAACUUGUUUUCAGUUUAGUAUUAAGUUUUCCUUCACCCAGUGAAGAGAGAAUCUCUUAACCAGAUGGUCAGAUAGGGUGGAUGAGGAGAUUCUCCCCUCACCAUGGAUGGAGAGAGAGUAAGUCCUAAACUAAA